AAGGAGCCCAGCCUGAGCCCGAGGACGAGCACAAUCCCUCAGGGGCGUCCUCGGAAAGUGACGUCCAAGUAACCGCAAAUGUAUAUGAGAUAUUUCGCCAGGCUUUACUCAGCUAUGGCUGGACCGAGGCCCGUGGUGCUGAGUGGCCCAUCCGGGGCGGGUAAAAGCACUCUGCUCAAGAAGCUCAUGAAAGAAUACAAUGGUGUCUUUGGCUUCAGCGUCUCGCAUACAACAAGAAACCCACGACCUGGAGAAGAGAAUGGCAAAGAUUAUCAUUACGUCACACGGGAAGCCAUGCAGGCCGCCAUCGCUAAAGGCGAAUUCAUUGAGAGCGCAGAGUUUUCCGGGAACAUGUACGGGACGAGCAGAGCCGCCGUGGAGGCCGUCAAGGCACGCAACCUCAUCUGCAUUCUCGACAUCGACAUGCAAGGGGUGAAGAAUAUCAAGAAGACCGACCUCAAUCCCAUAUACAUCUCCAUCCAGCCUCCGUCUUUGGAUGUGCUGGAAGCCCGUCUGAGAGCAAGAAAAACGGAGUCAGAAGAGAGCCUGCAGAGGCGCUUGGAUGCCGCCAAGGUGGACAUGGAGUUGAGUAAAGAACCCGACAUGUUUGACGUCAUGAUCGUGAAUGACAACUUGGAAGACGCUUAUGGGCAUUUAAAAGAUGCUCUUCUUGAGGAAAUCAACAUGGUCAAGAAAAUCAACAUGUCUUCAUAGGAGAUGAGGCAAAACAAAACACAGUUCACUUCUUUACAAAGACCUCAUUGUGAACAUUCCAUCCAAAAAAAGGUGGUCUGGAAAAGCUCCCUGAGCAUUUUGUCCAAAUAUGUAGGUUUACAUGUGUGUUUAGACAGUUUUUAUUACUAAAGUGGAACUUUUUUUUUUUUUUUUUUAAUGACAAGGAGUUUUCCUCUUUUUUAAAAAAAAUCCUUAUUUACAUGUGUAUUCUAGAAACUUUAUGUGUUAUAUUCUGACCUUGAUAGGCCAGGUGACUGAAACUGUCUUUAGUCAGCAACAGUUUUUCUCCACCCCGGACGUAACUGGACGUAACUGAACUCAUUCCGACACGUUGACAAACUGGUCUGUCAAGCUUACUUAUUUGGCUGUUUGUCCUCGUGCCAUUGUGCAUUGUCCUCAUGCCAUGUGUGAUUAAUCAGUGUGAAAUCUUUUGCUGGUAAAAAAAAAACACAUCCAUUUCAUUGAAUUUCCGAGAGUGUGCAAGUCAACUGAAAGCAUAUAUUUAUUCCAUUUCAUGCUAUUUUGCUUUGUACUAUGAUU